GAAGAGUUCUGCACAUUUUAUCAGGAAAGGCUCGAAGCAGAGGAGAGAGUGGCUGGUUGGACUGUCCAUACAAAAUUAUCUUCAGUACGUGACAAUUGGAAGAUGAAAAAUGGGGGGAAACCCAGCAGAGGAUUGUUAGGAGGUGAGAGAUGGAAAAAGAGAAACCAAAGAGACUAAAACCUGGAGCAGAAGGGAAGAGCAGGAGUGGAUCACUUACUUCUCAACAUGAAAUCCAAGACUUAAUGAAUCAAGAAAGAGAGAAAAGCCUGUGCCCUCCUCGUAGGAAAGGCCUGAGUCUUGAGCCAAGCUUUGAACCUCAGUGUGAAAUGCACACAGAGAAGAAACUAUGUGAGAGCUUGGAGUGUGGAAAUGGGUUCAGCAGGGGUGGAGCUCUUACUCUGCACCGUAGAACCUGCACCGGGAAGAAAACACAUACAUGUUCUGUGUGUGGAAAGAGCUUCAGCCAGCAUGGAGAUCUUACUCGACACGAUAGAACCCACACUGGGGAGAAACCACACAAAUGUCUGGAGUGUGGAAAGAGCUUCAGCCGUAGAGGACAACUUACAGUACACCAUAGAACCCAUACUGGAGAGAAACCAUAUGAAUGCUUUCAAUGUGGGAAGAGCUUCAGCCAGAGUGGAGAUCUUGCAUUACACCAUAGAAGCCACACUGGGGAGAAACCACACAAAUGUCUGGAGUGUGGAAAGAGCUUCAGCAGUAGCGGACAACUUACUCGACACGAUAGAACCCACACUGGGGAGAAACCAUAUGAAUGCUUUGAAUGUGGAAAGAGAUUCAAUCACAGUGGAGAACUUACAUUACACCAUAGAAUCCACACUGGGGAGAAACCAUAUGAAUGCUUGGAGUGUGGAAAGAAGUUCUACCAUAGUGGACAUCUUAAACGGCAUCAUAGAACCCACACUGUGGAGAAACCAUAUGAAUGCUUGGAGUGUGGAAAGAAGUUCUACCAUAGUGGACAUCUUAAACAGCAUCAUAGAACCCACACUGGGGAGAAACCAUAUGAAUGCUUGGAGUGUGGAAAGAAGUACAGACAGAGUGGAGAUCUUACAUUACACUAUAGAAGUCACACUGGGGAGAAACCACACAAAUGUCUGGAGUGUGGAAUGAGCUUCAGCCGUAGAGCACAACUUACAUCACACCAUAGCACCCACACUGGGGAGAAACCGUACAGAUGUCAGGAAUGUGGGAAGAGCUUCAGCCAGAGUGGAGCUCUUACAUUACACCAUAGAAGCCACACUGGGGAGAAACCAUAUGAAUGCUUGGAGUGUGGAAAGAAGUUCAGCAUUAAUAGAGAUCUUACGGUACACCAUAGAACCCACACUGGGGAGAAACCAUUUGAAUGCUUCGAGUGUGGGAAGAGCUUCAGCCAGAGUGGACAUCUUACAUUACACCAUAGAACCCACACUGGGGAGAAACCAUAUGAAUGCUUGUAGUGUGGAAAGAGUUUUAGCAGGAGUGAAUCUCUUACUAAAGAGAUGAAGCUUAAGAUACACAAAAUGUUUAUACAAAUAGAGAUCGGAGACCCCCCCCCCCCCAAUAGGGUUAAGGAAUGCAUGGGAAAUUGAUUUAGGUAAAAAUAUACAGGAGACACACUGGCUCUCAGUAUGGAAGCCAGGUGGCUUUUCCCCCUGAGUAGGAGAUCCUCAUAGUGGGUACUGUACUGCGCAUGCCCGAGACAGGACUGGAACAUGUGAUUGUUUUGUGGGCGUUCCUGCCUCCUAGCCCAGUUCCAUUUCUGUUUCGCUCAAGAAAGGUCGUAUGGGAGAGAGCUCUUCUACCAAGUCCGUUUUUCACUUGUAUGCUCCGCUUUUUCUGUCUCCCGGCAGCCAUUGGAGGCUUUCCUGUGAGUUUUUUCCCCUUUCUAUCUACCCCCUUGCUCAGUCUUCCUUUCUCCGCUACCAUUUCCUAUAGUGUGCAAGGGCAGGAAGGGGGUCGGCCUCCAUGAUUUCGGCUCCAAAAACUUUCCAUCUACCAAAAAAAGCUUUUUUAUUUCAAUUUGCGAUUGGCUCAGCUAAAAGUUUUCCUUUCAGUUUGCCUUUUGCUGUUCCUUUGUCAGCGCCUCCACCAUGGAGCCCGCCCACGCAGACGAGAUCCUGCAGGGAUCUCUGUCGGAAUCCUCACAGCUGCCGCAGUACCUGGGCAGCGGGGGCUCAAAGAUUGAAUUUGCUGUGGCUCAGCCCAGCACCUCCGAUUCAGCUCGCUCCCUUAAAGCGACAGCCUCAGCAUCGCAACAGCAGACUAAUCUGCUUGCAACUAAAGCCACCAUAAAAAAAGAAGAAGAAAGUCAGCAAUCGGGGCAAAGGGAGGAAGCGUCUUAGCGAGCGCCUGUUAAUACAGGCAGUCUGCCACAAAUCAAAAGCGAAAGCAGCUAAAAAUGGCACCAAACAUAGAGCGGAAGCCCCUAAACAUGCAGCAGUAGAGGGAGGCGAUCGGAGCCCGAUGGGCAACUUACCAACUCCUAGCCCACAGCCAAGUGUGAAUCCAGAAACUGUGGGGGAAACGAAUAUUCCACAUCUCCCCUCCACACUGCCUGCUUCUUCACCCACUACUCAGGAGCGACACCACUACACAGUGAGUAAGGAUCCCUUCUCACCCAGGGCUACCCAAUGGCUGAGGGAUUUUUUCAGAAGGGAGUUCUCCAUUGACUCCCUUGUGGCCCAGAGUUCCACUACUGGGGCACCAUUGUCUGUUAACUGUCCUGCAGAAAACCAGUCCGCCCCCACGGGUCCACUUCCGAUCUCCGCCCCUCAGGACAAUAUCCCUAUUGUUGGGCAAGUGAGACGCAGGCGCGGCACGGGCAAGCUCUCUUCCUCCUCGCCCGACUCUAGCCCACGUCGCAGGGCUAUUCCUAACUAUGAACGCGGUCUCUUCGUCCCAAGGCCCUUGCCUCUCAGGCACAAGCGUAAGCACAAAGAUAUUUUCUCCUCUUCCCCAUCAUCAGAUAAUGAGGAGGAGAGGCGUAAGAGACCCAAAACCCGGCCAGCCCCCACCCCUCAACCUCCUCCCAUUCUCCCUCAACCCCUCCCCCCACCUGCUAAUCCUACACUCCCGCAAUCCUCUGCCUCAUCAUCUGAAGGGGAAUCCACCCCCCCAUCCCCUUCCCUACCAGACAAAGAGGAGGGGGAAUUGUCUGAGGAGGAAAUCCCCCCCUUACUAACUCUACUAGACUUUUUUCCUCAGCCGAGUUCGAGGUCCUCCUGGCUAAAGCCAAGUGCACAAUCAACGAUGUUACUCAAGCGGACCCAGCUGAACCAUCCUCAUCCUUCGACCAGCAGGUCUUCCCUAACGCUGAACCACCCUCCCCGGCGAUACCUUUUCCACCGCUCUUCCGUAAUGUCAUGUGUGCAGAGUGGCAGCACCCGAUCUCAGCCAAGCCCAUUAUCAAUCCCCCCAAAAGCACUAUCAGCUUCCAGGGGACAUUUCUAAAUUGCUAGCCGUACCUAAGGUGGACCUACCCGUGGCCCAACUAGUGUCAGGGGCCAUCCUCCACACAGAGGGUCAAGAACAAUUGAAAUCACAAGAGGAUAGGAGGGCACGAGGCUUCGGCCUUGUCCAUAAAAAUUUCUACUACCAAUUCCAUCUUUGCUAGGGCAUCCCUUUUGUGGGCAAAAGUCCUGGUCAAACUGGUCCCACCUGGGCUUCCCAAACUAAGACAGGGCAUCAAUAAGAUGGCCAAAGCUGCUGCCCUCAUGGCCGAUGCCAGUCUAGACGGCAUACAGUCGUCAUCCAGGGCAAUGGUGGCUGGUGUGGCCCUCCGUAGGGCACUGUGGUUAAAAUCAUGGCAUGUUGACUACAAAUCCAAAGCGGCCCUGACAGCGGCGCCCUUCGCAGGGGCAGAACUAUUUGGCCCGGUACUCAAGCCGGUUUUAGUUGAAACGCGCGAUAAAAAGAAGGCGAUGCCCUCAUCGCGUAAAGACUUCCGCAGGUCCUUUUGCGGCUCACACUCCUCCUUUCGUCCAUACAGGAGAACCUACCAGCCACCAUUCUCGUACAGAGAACACAGACCUCAACCCACCAGAGAUUCUUACAGAACCCAGUGGCGUCCCCGUUUCAAGGGCAAUGCCAGAGGCUCACUCAACAAGUUCUCCUCCCCACCCAAUCCACACAGGAGACAAUGACUCCAUACCUGUAGGGGACAGGCUCGCAGACUUCUCUACCACUUGGAUAUCUACCACCUCAGACGCCUGGGUCCUUCAAGUCGUCUCAGAAGGCUAUUCCAUAGACAUCUCAUCUACCCCCCCCCCCACCGAUUCAUCCCCACACCAAGGUCUUCAAACCCUCACAAACACCACCUGAUAUCCCAGGCAGUGAAACAUCUACUUCAUAUGAGAGCCAUAGAGCCUGUCCAACCAGAACACAGGCACCUAGGCGUUUAUUCCAUCCUCUUCCUUGUCCCAAAAAAGGACUGGUCCUGGUGGGCGGUCCUCGACCUGAAGUCGUUGAACAAAUUUGUACAGAAAAGAAAAUUUCAGAUGGAAUCCCUACAUACGAUAAAGGAGGCCAUUCAACCAGGAGAUUUCCUAGCCUCCAUCGACCUCUCGGAGGCCUACCUCCAUAUCCCUAUCAAUCCGAAAUCCCUUAUGUUUCUCCACUUUGCAUACAACAGCAAACACUUCCAAUACAGGGCUCUACCUUUCGGCCUCUCCUCAGCACCCAGAGUGUUUACAAAGGUAAUGGUAGCACUCAUCUCCCACCUACGCCUACAGGGCAUCUGGGCCCAUCCAUAUCUGGACAUCCUUCUCCGAGCGCCUUCGAGACCACAAGCCAUCCAAGACAUGGAAACCACGCUUCUAGCCCUCUGGGACCAUGGCUUCGUGGUCAACAGGAACAAGAGCCAACUCAUCUCCUCGCAACAACUGGUGCACCUGGGAGCUCUAUUCAACAUGGCACGGGGAACCAUUUGCCUUCUCCCAGAACGUUGGGACAAAAUCAAGAGUCAGCUAUGCCCGCUUCUACACAAAUGCUCAGAAGACCUCAUGGUGUUGGCACAAGCUCUGGGCUCCAUGAUAGCCUGCAUAGAAUGCUCCCAAUGGGCAAGAUGGCACUCGCCCCCUUCAGUGGGCAUGAGUGCCAUCUUGCACUCCUACAUCCUACUCCCGUGGCAAAAUGAAAUCAUGUCAGCUCACCGCAUUCAGAUUCCGAUACCCCACUCCGUCCGUCAAUCUCUGGAAUGGUGGCUAUCCCUGAAUCUCCGUCAUGGACGUCAGUUGGCGGAACCAUGGCGAGUAAUAAUUACGAUGGACGCCAGCCUGGCAGGCUGGGGGGGCCACUGUCAGGGACGAAUGGCCCAGGGUACCUGGUCCAUGAGGGAAGCCAGAAGACCGAUCAAUUGGCUCAGACUCAGAGUGGCUCAACUGCUACUCCUCCACUUCCAACACAUGGUCAGGAACCAACACAUACUCAUCAGAACCGACAAUGUGACUGUAAAGGCCCACAUAAAUCGUCAAGGGGGCACGAGGUCCAGUGAAGGAAACAGACCACCUGCUCCGAUGGGCGGAAAACAAUUUGCAGUCCAUCUCUUCAGAACACCUGAAGGGCGAAGAAAACCAUGUAGCAGACUGGCUCAGCUGCACGUCGCUGGACCCAGGCGAGUGGGCAUUGCAUCCGGCAGUAUUUCUUCAGAUCACCCAGCUGCUGGGGAACCCACAAGUGGACCUGUUUGCAUCUCCAGCCAACCAUCAGCCCCAACCUUACUUCUCCAGGUACCACUCGCCUCUAGCGGAAGGAAUCAACACUCUACAGGCCCCAUGGCCAAAAGCUUUUCUCUAUGCCUUCCCUUCCACGUCAAUAAUAAUGAAGGUUAUCAGAAAGUUGAGACUCGAAAAAGCAGAACUCAUUCUGGUAGCCCCCCAUUGGCCUUGCAGGCCGUGGUUCCCAGACCUAGUCGGAAUGGCAGUCGGUCCUCCAUGUUUCUUCCAUCUCGGAAAGACCUACUCAGUCAAGGGCCAACACUUCAUCCCAACCCCCAAUGGCUUCAGCUGUCCGCCUGGAGGUUGAGUGCUCGCACCUAGAGGCUGAAGGCUACUCCCGCCAAGUUCAGACUACCAUCCUAGCUUCCAGAAGGCAGUCCACCAUUCGGAUCUAUCAGGUCACCUGGUCAGCAUUCCGCAAAUGGUCCUUAGCAUGUCACCUGGACCCAAUCUCCGCAGGGUUCCCAGAGGUUCUAGCAUUCCUGCAAUCUGGCCUAGAUCUACAACUACGUCCAAGCACUCUCCGCCGGCAAGCCUCUGCGCUCGCAUCUGUGCUCCAUAUCUCAACUUCGGGCUCCGCUCAAGCCUCUCUGCAUCCACAUAUUUCCUGAGGGGAGCUACCAAUCUAGCCCCCCCACCUAUCCAAAGGUUUCCCUCAUGGAACCUCAACAAAGUCCUCAACGCGCUUACCAAGCCUCCAUUUGAGCCACUCUCCUCUAUCCCUCUGAAAAUAUUGGCCUUCAAGGUCCUUUUCCUCGUGGCGAUUACAUCAGCCUGCAGGGUUUCCGAGCUAAGUGCGCUUUCUGCAGCAAAGGAAUUUUGAGAGUUCCAAUCUGAUGCAGUACAUCUUCGCUUAGAUCCUACCUUCCUACCCAAAAUCAAUUCUGUAUUUCACAGAUCCCAGAUUAUAGUCCUCCCUUCCUUUUGCCCAUCCCCAACCCACCCUAAAGAAAAGCUUUGGCACCACUUAGAUGUCCACAGGGCCCUGUGCACAUACAUCCGCAGAACUAGAGAUAUUAGGCGUUCUGAUGCACUCUUCGUGUCCUUCCACCCAUCUACCUUGGGGAAGAAGGUCUCCAAAGCCACCCUUGCCAAAUAGAUCAAAUCCUGCACCCUCCUGGCAUAUUCUGCUCUCAACAUCCCCCCCCACCCAGUGGCAUCAUGGCUCAUUCCACCAGGAGUGCCGCUACGUCUGCCGCAUUCGCAGCACACGUCCCCCUGCAGGAAAUCUGCAGAGCAGCAACUUGGACGUCUCUCACACUGUUUAUUAAACAUUACAAGAUAUCGGGCUUCUCUGACGCCCAGGCGGCAUUUGGCCGCACGAUUCUUCAACAAGUCUUAUGAGAUACAGCUUCGCAUCCCUGGAACCUCUCUUCUACAGCUUGGGCAAGUCCCACUAUGAGGAUCUCCUACUCAGGGGAAAAAGGAACAUUGGUCUUACCGUGAAGGGUUCUUUUUCCCUGAAGUAGGAGAUCCUCAGCCCCUCCCUAGCUGUACCUCUUAUAGUCCAGACGUGGGUAUUGGGAAAUCAGACUGACGUCUUCACAUCCGGGAGGAGUUAGAGGCGACCUUCAGGGUUCAUCAGUAUUUAGUAUGUUCUCUGUUAACUAUCUUCUGUCACUGUUUUCUGUUUUCUCCGAGCUCUCUCCACCAACCACUACUCUACUCGCUCGUCAGCCCUGGAACUGGGCUAGGAGGCAGUAAUGCCCACAAAACAAUCAAGUGUUCCAGUCCUGUCUCGGGCAUGCGCAGUACAGUACCCACUAUGAGGAUCUCCUACUUCAGGGAAAAAGAACCCUUCACAGUAAGACCAAUGUUCUUUCUCUCAGCCUCCAUUCAAGAACUUCAUUUGGAAAUAUUAUACUGCUGGUAUCUUAACACCUUCAAUAUUCGCUCGAUUCUCUCAACAAAAUUCCAUACAAUGUUGGAGGGGUUGUAAACAGAAAGGUAUGUUUUACCAUAAGUGGUGGACAUGUGAGAAAAUUAAACUGUUUUGGAAUAAAAUAUUUCUUGAAAUUAGUAAUAUAAUGAACCAAAGAGUAGGGUAUUCUCCAGACUUGGCUUUAUUACAUAUUUUUACAGGAAAUAAUAUUAAAGUUGAAGAUAAAGAAUUAUUACUCUCUUAAUACUGCCUGCUAAGGCAGUUGUGGCACAGCAAUGGAAACUACUAGCUAACCUAAAUGUGGAGAGAUGGUACAAUAAACUUUGGUCAUGGGCAAUUUCAGGGAUAACAAACUGUGUCUGUUCUACUGAUUCCGGAUGAGGUUACACUCCCCAGAAGGAACAAGUUCACAGUUUGGGAGUACUUCUGGACCCACCCGAGAUAUCAGGGAGAGAGUUGGAGACAGUGGCCAGGAGUGGAUUUUUCUGCUUUGCCUGAUCCUUCUGGAUGGUCUGAGUAUUCUGGGUAUAAGAGGCACUGUUUUACAGUGGUUCUGCUCAUACCUUGUUGUGAACAGGCCUGCAUUUGGGGCCAGGUCGUGAACUCUGCACAUCUCAUGCUGUUGCACAAGGCCUGGUGUAUGUCUAAAGUCCUGAAGCAUCUUGUAAUCUGGUUGUUACGGCAGUCUGUUCUGGCCAAUGAGUUUUUAAAUACUGAGGGGAAACAGAUGUACAUACUCAGGAAGGAAUGUGUUUUUCUCUGCAAUUUUUGUUAUUUGCAGACUGUCAAGCUUCCAUCUCAGACGUCAAGCUGACAUGAAGGAGGAAGGUUUGGUGCUGUAAGGCCUAGUCAGGUCACUUUUAUAUUGAAUAAGUGCUUAGAUAAGUUAGCCAUAUUAUAUUAGAUAAAUGCUUGAUAUGAGUCUGUCUGCUCGAUACAGUUUAGGCCUUCAUCUUAGCAUGAACCCAUGAGCAGUGCUAUUAUAUAGGUAAAGUCCCAGAUCCCCCGCAUUGUGCUCAAAAUUGGACAUCCUUUCACGGUCCAGGACACACUCCCACUUUGGGCCUGUCCCAAGCCUCCCAUAAUACGUCCAAAUUAGACAUCCUUGACCAUGCCAAACUCCCCAUCCUAGCAAUCUUCCAUUCCAUCAAGGACAGUCCCCAUCUAAAGCUUUUGUCUAAUUGUCUAAAAUUGGGGAAAGUUGGCCUGUCAGCUCAGGCAAACUUCCUCUUUUUCACUGUCUCAGAACAAGAGUACAUCAAGACUCAAUGUUCCACUUGAAAGGAGUCGCUCACUGCAUGCCUUAUUCCAUUUUUCUGGCCAAUCAUAUUAAAUGUCAAAAGGAACAGGUUUAACUGAAGGUCAUGGAUGGUCAAGACCCCUUCUUUAUCCAAUCACUAUUGAUACGUAGGUGGAAUGAGUGAAGGUACUUAAAACCCCAGUCUGGGGAUAGAAAGGCGCAGGGGGUAAGGGAAGAAGAGAGCAAGAGGAGAAAAGAGGGAGUUGAUCGAUCAAUUUGGCACACCCAACAUCUCGCAAAGGAGGAAACACCUGGUUCCUUUUUGGUAAGCUCAGGGGAACUGAAUGAGCCACAGAGAGUGAGAGAAAGUUCUGACAAUCUUUUGGGUUGUCAGCUUAAUAUUGUUUAAUUACUGUAAGGAAGAGAGAGGUGUUGUGUCUGCUACUGUAAUUCGUCUGAAUUUUGGUAAGAAAAUAAAUCUGUUCUGAUUAAAUAUAA